AUGGAUUUUAGAGACAUCAAUGCUGCCAUUCCAAAAGAUGUGUGUGUGAUGCUGGUGGCUGACAUGCUAAUUGAUGGAACAAUUGGACAUGAAUUACUUUCAUUUAUGGACAUAUUCUUCGGCUAUAACCAGAUUCUGACAGCAAAAGAGGAUGAUUUAAAAAUAGCAUUCAGAUGCCAGGGGACCAAUUUGAUCAAGUAUAUGUUGUCAAGCCCACUCAUCACAAGAAGAGUUAGGAUUGAAGGUCAUCUAGAGGUGAAUGAGAUGGAGAUUAAACUGUGGGUUCUAAAGUUUGACGAUUUACGCACAAAGACAUCAACCGAGGCUGGAAUUCUUAUUAAGUCUCCUACAGGAACUAAGAUAGUCUUGUCUUUCAAUUUGGAUUUUGAGUGCAUAAAUAAUCAAGUAGAGUAUGAGGUUUUGUUGAUUGGCUUAGAGAUAUAA